GUGUGCGUAUGUGUGCGUGGCUGUCUGUGUCACUCUAAUUUUGACUCCUCUCCGUCCCCCUCACUCUGUGUGUGUGUGUGUGUGUUAGUUGGUGUCUUGCUCCUGGCCUGGUAGGAUCUGAAAAUCGAGAGGGAGAGAGACAAAAAGCGCUGAUUUAUUUGGAGUUUUUUGCCCCCCACCAGGAUCCUCCAACAGGUCCACCGUGUCACUGCCUCUGUUUGUUGUUCCACUCCCACCCCCCACAAACAUACGUGGCUGAACUUUGACCCCUCACCCCAUCCCCACCCCCCCUUCCACCAGGUUGCCAUGGCGCUUUCCUCGCGCUUAAAGCUCUGGGAGCAGAAGAUCAAGGAGGAGAAGAAGCCUCCGUCAGCCGCGGCACAGCCCCCUCCACCCCUCUCUGCUGUCCCGGGGGGCUUCCUCAAACAGCUGGUGAGAGAGACGGAGAAGGAGACAAAGCAGAAGGAGCCAGAAAUCAAAGAGGAGAGAGUGCCCAGCAAGCUCAGCGACAACCUCGUUCAGCAGUUCCUGCUUCCAGACGAGACCCCGCCCAUUCUGGAGGCGGAGAUGGCCCUCCGAGCUCAGCAGAUGCUCAACGGAGAGCAGGGCCGGCACGCCGCACCCGUCGAAAAGAAAGCGCCGUUCCGCAAAAUCACGUCACCUGGGAGCCAAAGCCAGAAACCGGAAGAGGGGCACUCGCAGGAAGUGGCCUCGCCCCAGCAGCUGAAAGAGAAGCACUCGCAGGAAGUGACCUCGCCCCAGAAGCCGGAGACGUUGGACAAGAAGGACGUUGUCCAAGAGGCGAAAGUGCCGAAGGUGGAGGAGAAGAAAGGGAGACGGAAGAGCGUGUCGGAGAAGGUGGAGCAGGAAGCAGUGAAGGAGGAGAGACAGGAGCCAGAGGGACGGCUUGCAGAGAGCAGCGUGACGGAGCAGGGGAGAGAGCAGAGAGAUGUCUGGUACGAGGCUGGGACUGUGUGGUAUGUGCACAAGGAUGGCUUCACUCUCGCCACGCAGCUGAAGCCAGAUGAGGGGACCCCCGAGUUGGCGGAGGGGCGGGCACGAGUUCGGCUGGAGACGGACGGCUCAGUCCGCGACGUGUCAGAGUAUGAGAUAGAGAAGAUUAACCCCGCUGAGUCGGAUCUGUGUGAGGACAUCAGCGAGCUGGUGAGUGUGAACGAGUCCAGCGUCCUGCACACCCUGACGAGCCGUGCCCGCGCCCAUCUGCCCCUCACCCACGCCGGGCCCAACCUCCUGGCCCUCUGGCCGCCCCAGGCCCCUCACAGCAAGGUCCCACGCGGUCGGCGGUGGGAUGGAGUGUGGGAGGCACCCCCGCCCCUGCAGGCGCUGGUGCGGCGGGUGUACGUGUCCAUGGUGGGCCAGCGGCGGGACCAGAGUGUGGUGGCGGUGGGACGGUCCGGCACAGGGAAAACCACCGCCUGCCUGUCGUUCGCCCAGGAACUGCUGAAACAGGCCGGCACUGCAGGGGGCAGUCUGACCCCGGAGCGGCUGCAGGCUAUGUUCACGGUGCUGCGCUCCUUCGGCUGUGUGAGCUCCCAGCACAGCGAGGCCUCGUCCCGCUUCGCCAUGGUGUUCUCCAUUGACUUCAACCACGCUGGCCUGGCUGCCGCGGGACACCUGCAGACUAUGCUGCUGGAGAAGUGGAGGGUAUGCCAGAGCCUGGAGGGCGAAAGCAGUUUCCUGGUCUUUUCUCAGAUGCUAGCAGGCCUGAGCGCAGAAAUGAGGACUGAGCUCCAUCUGCACCAGCAGACUGAGGCAAACUCAUUCGGCAUCUCCCCACCCAGCAAGGCAGAGGAGAGACAGAAAGCAUCAACAGCCUUUGCAAAGCUGACAGCUGCCAUGGAAACUUUGGGCUUCACGGCCAAUGAGCAACGAGCCAUUUGGCACGUGCUGGCUGGAAUAUACCAUCUGGGUGCAGCAGGAGCUUGCAGAGUGGGGCGCCGGCAGUUUGUGAGCUUUGACAGCGCGCAGUUAGCCAGCAGUGUGAUUGGCUGUGAGGGAGAGGAGCUCCACACAGCCGUCUUCAAGCACCACCUCCGGCAGUUGCUGCAGAAGGCCACAGGGGGCGUCAGAGAGCGCCACACGCCUGAGGGCUCGGAGGAGGGCCCCAGGCUGACCGCUGCACAGUGUGUCGACGGCAUGGCCAUCGGACUGUAUGAAGAGCUCUUCACUGCCGUUGUCUCUCUCAUCAACAGAGGUCUGAGCUCCCAGCAGCUGACCCUCGCUUCUGUGAUCGUGGUGGAUACCCCAGGUCUCCGGAGCCCCAGGCAUGGAGGGGAGGAGAGGGCUGCAGGGUUCUCUGAGCUCUGUCACAACUAUCUACAGGAGAGGCUUCUGGAACACUGCUAUACACACACUUUCACACACACGCUGGAGCGGUACACACAGGAGAAAGUCCCUGUAGAUUUUGCAGCCCCAGAAAGCAGCCCAACUCAAGUCGUGUCUGCCAUUGAUCUGCCAACGCUCCAGGUGCGAGCCACUGAAGGAGACCCCCGGGGGCUACUGUGGGUACUGGAUGAAGAGAUGGUCACCCCGGGCUCUACUGAAAGCACUGUCCUUGAAAGGGUGUGUCAGUACUUUGGUGAAACGGGAACAGUGCGGCAGUGUGAGCAGCCUCUGCAGUGUGAGAUUGCGCACCUCCUGGGCUCCGAUCCCGUCCGCUACGACCUGUCUGGCUGGUUCGGGCUGGUCCAGCACAACCCGUCUGCCCUCAACGCCUCUUCACUGCUUCAGAACUCAUCCAUCGGAGUGGUGAAGUCCCUCUUUGGGCCGCGUGCCUCAGUGCCACCUCUGUGCCGCGGGCUCGGGGGGGUCGAGGGGGGGUCCCAGCGGUCACUGGAGAGGAGCGGUACUGUCAGAAAGACCUUCACUGGGGGGCUGGCAGCCAUCAGGAGACACUCUUACUGCAUCUCUGUCAAGCUGCAGGCGGACGCUCUCGUAAAUCUGAUCCGUCGUGCUAGCCCUGUGUUCCUGCAGUGCGUCAGUGCAAAGGCGGACAGCAGCGGCUUCGACGUUCCCUCUCUGCGCACACAGCUCCACUCCACCCACAUACUGUCUGCGCUGCAGCUUUACCGCACAGGCUAUCCAGACCACAUGUCUCUCAGUGAUUUCCGCUGCCGGUUCCAGGCCCUUUCUCCCCCGGUGAUGAAACGAUACGGCUCUGUCUUCAUCACUCCGGACGAGAGAAAGGCAGUGGAGGAGCUGUUGAUUGAGCUGGACCUGGAAAAGAAAAGCAUUAUUAUAGGGGCAAGCAGGGUGUUCAUGAAGCGUGGCGUGCUGCACUCCCUGGAGCAGCAGAGGGAUCAGCUGGUGAGCGGCUGGCUGGUGAUGCUCCAGGCCGCCUGCAUGGGACACCUGGCCAGGCAGAAAUACCGCCGCAUGAAGGUGCAGCAGAUGGCCGUGUCCUGCGUUCAGAGGAACGUGCGCGCUCUCACUUCUGUGAGGAAGUGGAGCUGGUGGAGACUCCUGUGCAAAGUGCGCCCCCUGCUGGACGUCAACAUCGAUGACCAGAAGUUCCGCACAAAGGAGGAUGAGAUCUCUGCUUUGAGACGACGCCUUGAGAAGUCUGAGAAGGAGAGGAAUGAACUGCGGCAGAGCACAGACAACCUGGAAACAAAGGUGGCAGCUCAGUCCUCGGAGCUGAGUGAUGAGCGGUUCAGGGGAGAGGCGGUGAGUCAGGCGCUGGACAUAGAGAGAGCAGAGCGGCUUCGUCUCAGCAAGGAGAACAAGGAGCUUCAGGGGCGUCUGGACCAGUGUAAGAGCAGCAUUGAGGGUCUGGAGAAGCAGCUGGAGGAGGAGAGACAGAAAGUCAAGAGCAAAGAGUCACUGGGCGGAGUGGGGGCAGGCAGCGAGCUGCAGCUGCAGCUGGAGUGCGCGCAGACGGAGGUGGAGUUCCUGCGCCGUAGGCUGCGGCAGGGAGAGGAGAGGCUGGAGGCGGAGAGGGAGGCCCGGGUGCAGCUGGAGAGCAAGGUGAUGGAGCUGCAGUCUCAGCUGGAGCAGUCCAAACGGAGCGUGACUGAGCUGAAACGCCACUGUCGCCGCGUGACCUCUGACCUGCAGGACGCCCGCGUUCUGACGGACAGCUUGCAGAGCCGCACCCAUGAGCUGGAGAGGAAGCAGAGGAGGUUCGACAAUGAGCUGACUCAGGCUCUGGAGGAGGCCGACAGCGAGAGGGAGCAGAAGGAGAAAGUGAUCCAGGAAAACGCAGCCCUCAACGCCGAGCUCUUCGGCGCCCAGCGGAGUCUGAAGGACAGUCAGGCCGAGGUGGCCCGCCUCCAGCAGCAGAAGGAGGAGCUUUGUGCCCAGAUCAGAGACCUGUCCGUGCCCCUGGAGCUCAGCACCGACUCCUUGCCCGCCCUCAAGAAGCAGCUCCGGGAGCUGGAGAGCCAGGAGAAGGAGCGCAACCAGGAAAUCAGCCAGCUCACAGCCAAAAUACAGCAGCAUGAGCAGAUGCAUCUGCGCUUUGAGAUGGAGAUGGAGAGAAUGAAACAGAUUCAUCAGAAGGAGCUGGAGGACAAAGAGGAGGAGCUGGAAGACGUGCAGAAAUCCUCACAAAGGAGGCUGAGGCAGUUGGAGAUGCAGCUGGAGCAGGAGUAUGAGGAAAAGCAGAUGGUUGUCCACGAGAAGCAUGACCUGGAGGGACUGAUUGCCACGUUAUGUGACCAGGUGGGGCACCGAGAUUUCGACGUGGAGAAGCGUCUGCGGCGGGACCUGAAGCGCACCCAUGCCUUGCUGAGCGACGCCCAGCUGCUGCUGUCCACCAUGGACUCCCAGGGUCAGCAGGGCAUGCCCCCGGGUGGCAAGGAGCAGCUGGAGCGCCUGCACUGCCAGCUGGAGGAGAGCGAGGCGCGGCGGGCGGACGCCGAGAGCGUGCAGAGGACCCUGGCGUUGGAGCUGGAGAAUGCCCAGCUGGAGCUGGAGAGCAUCUGCAAGCACAAGAGCCUGGUGGACGAGCAGCUGGCUCAGCUGCAGCAUGAGAAGACAGACCUGCUGAAGAGGCUGGAGGAAGACCAGGAGGACCUCAAUGAGCUCAUGAAGAAACACAAAGCGCUCAUUGCCCAGUCCUCCAGUGACAUCACUCAGAUCCGGGAGCUCCAGGCGGAGCUAGAGGAAGCCAAGAAGGAGAGGCAGAGACUGCAGGACGAGUUGCAGCAGAGUACGGCCAGACUGCAGUACCUUGAGUCAUCCACCGUGGGGCGCAGCAUUGUGAGCAAGCAGGAGGCUCGAGUGUGCGACCUGGAGAACAAGCUGGAGUUCCAGCGGGGGCAGAUCAAGAGGUUUGAGGUGCUGGUGCUGCGGCUGCGAGACAGCGUGGUUCGGAUGGGGGAGGAGCUGGAGCAGGCGGCGCAGGCGGAGGCCCGGGAGAGGGAGAACUCCAGGUACUACCAGCAGAGGCUGGCGGACAUGCGGCUGGAGAUGGAGGACCUGACCCAGAGGGAGCAGGACAGCAGCCGCAGGCGCAUGGAGCUGGAGAUGCAAGUUGAGGAGCUGAGUGCAGUCAGGCAGACACUGCAAGCCGAUCUGGAGACGUCCAUCCGGCGUAUCGUUGAUCUGCAAGCAGCCCUGGAGGAGGUGGAGUCAAGUGAUGAGAGUGACAGCGAAAGUGUUCAGACAGCAGUGGAGUCCGUUACUAGAAAGAGAGAUCUCGACAGUGUUUCCAGCGCAGGGUCCCUGGGCACGGAGGAUGUGGGCGAGGGGAUCCGCCAGUGGUUGGGCGUUCCGCGGGGCAGAGGCGGGUCACCCUACGGCGGGAGCAGUACCACAGGCAGCCUAGGGGGGCGCCAGUCAGUCGCUGACACCAUGAGCACCUACAGCUUCCGAUCUUGCCCUACAGAGCCAGAAGAGGAUCAGGUGGGAGGAGGUGUAGGACGGGCGUCAUCCUCGUCCGCUCUCUCAGAGCUGCUGGAGGGCCUGCGAAAGAGGCGGGCGGGGUGGGAGAGGGGCGGAGGAGAAGGGGAGGGAAGCACCGUGUCACUGCCCAUCUACCAGACCACCGGGGCCUCUGUCCUUCGCCGGAGAGCCUCUGCCCUCUCCCUGGGGGCGGAGGAGGGCAUGGAGGAGCCCCGGCCGGGAAUCCUUAAACCGCCGAGCCCCCUCCUGCCCCGUGCCUCCAGUUUGCGCUCGCUGUCCGAGACUGGGCCGGCUGCGUCAGCAGGGGCAGGGAGCGGAAAGAUGACCCGCUUCAGCUCCUGCGACUCCCUCACCUCCGUCUCCUCGCCCCCGGGCCCGCGCCGCCGCAUCCCUGACCUGUCCAUCCCCGAGGAAGAGGAGGAGCACGGCACCCAGGCCCUGCCCAAGGCACGCUCGCCCCAGCCAAUCCGCCGCCGGCUCCUGGGAGGCCUGGUUUCAGAAGGGGGGGAGUCAACACUAGGGCCCGAACCGCUGGUGUUCCAGAACCGCCGCAUCCUUGGCAACCCGGAGCAGGACAGGGGGGAUUCUGGGGACGCCGGCUCGGACAUUCUCCCCGCCAUUCGCCGCGCGCAGUCCGCCAGCAGCCUGGCCGGGGGGGGCUCCCUCAGGGGGGGCACGCGGCGGGCCCUGAGCGUCCAUUUCGGGGAGCUCCCCCCUUCCAGGUCGGCCUCUCGCCGGGAAUCCGACACAGACUCCUCCAGCUCAGGGGGGUCCCAACGCAGGGGGCCGCAGGGAGAGCGUCUGGAGGCAGAGGGCAGCGAGGGAGACGUCAACUCCGUCAUGAAGAAGUACCUGCGCAAGGCUGAGGCCGACUGAGAAUCUUGGACCGCAUGGAUUCCCAGCUUUGAAGUCCAGCAUUUCCGCAGAGUGCAGAGGCACAGAGUGUGAAAACGCGCACACAGAAGAUGUAUUUUCAACAUUAGAAACUUUGUACAUGAUAAAUAAAAAGACGUGAAACAAAGGUCA